AUGCCGCCGCCGCCCGAGAGCUCCAAAGAUGAAUUGUAUAAGAUACAGGCCGUCUACUUACCGAAUGAGUUUCCGAAGGACGACGUUCAGCUUCUGAUCAUCACCAUGCGAUACCCGCGCGAUUCGUCCGAGGUUAUUCAGUGGGAGUUACCGGAAUUGCCCUCUUCUCUGCGAGAUCUGGUGCCCCCUAUUGAGUCUACGGUAUUCCUCUGCGCGCAAUCCACAAUCAUCUGGUAUAAACCCCGCUGUCCAGCGACCGGGUUAACUGCGUUUCCAUAUUAUACGCAUUUCGAGAACGCGGACGUGGGAUUCAGGGAACCUGAUGACGUUGAUUACACCUGUGUCGCUGAAUUCGGGAUUGGGAUUUUAGCCGAUCCCGCCAUUUCAGUGUCAUCAACAGUGGGAAACUUUGUAAUUUCGGGAUUUGAGGCGAUCCGCCUUACCUAG